UCUAUUCUUCCUUUGGUGGGGGGCAAAAAAAGAAGCAAAAAAAAAAGGGCUCUCACUCUGAGGUUGAAAGCCUACAAAAAUGAGAAGAAGCCACUUCCACACUCAAUCCCAAUCCCAAUUCUGACUUCUUUUCUUCUCAAUUCACCAUCUCAAAUCAAGCUCCUUCAAUGGCUUCCCUUCCCCAUCUUCUUCUUCUUCUUCUUCUUCUUCUUUUCUUUCUCUCUGCAGUUUCUUCCUCCAUAGCCACUCUGCAAAACCACCUCCCCAAGCAUUAUGUUGUUUACAUGGGAAGUGGGGGAAGCAACAAUGGAGGAGAAGAUGACCAAACAGCUGCUGAAUUGGAUUACCUGCAACUGUUAUCCACUCUAAUUCCAAGAAAAAAUAGGAAAGAGAAAGAGGAAAGAUCAAGGGAAGUGGUCCACCAAUACCACCAUGCUUUCAGAGGCUUUUCUGCUAUGCUCACUGAGGAAGAAGCUUCUUCUCUCUCUGGUAUUGAUGGAAUCGUGUCGGUGUUCCCUGAUCCGACGCUUCAGCUCCACACUACACGUUCUUGGGAUUUCCUGGACUCCAUCGCCGGCCUCCGCCCGCCGCCGCAUUCUUACCCCAGUUCAUCGGAUGUCAUCGUCGGCGUCAUCGACACCGGGAUUUGGCCAGAGUCUCGAUCUUUCAGCGAUGAGGGGCUUGGAGAAAUUCCUUCUAAAUGGAAAGGGAUUUGCAUGGAGGCAUCUGAUUUCAAGAAGUCCAAUUGCAACAGGAAGUUGAUCGGGGCAAGAUACUACAAUGCUAUAGAGCCCAAUGGGAAUGAUAGCCGUGUGGGUGUGCCAAAGGGCACACCGAGAGACUCGCUUGGCCACGGGACACACACUUCGUCGAUUGCAGCGGGAGCAAGAGUCCUAGACACAAGUUACUUUGGCUUAGCAAGAGGGACGGCUAGGGGUGGUGGCGCUCCUUCCACAAGGAUUGCAAGCUAUAAAGUUUGCUCUGGUGUUGGCUGCUCUGGUGCUGCAAUUCUCAAAGCCAUAGAUGAUGCAGUCAAAGAUGGAGUUGAUAUCAUUUCGAUCUCGAUUGGGAUCGGUUCCCCAUUGUUUCAGUCGGAUUAUUUGAAUGACCCAAUUGCCAUUGGAGCAUUCCAUGCCCACCAAAUGGGAGUUUUGGUUGUCUGCUCUGCUGGAAAUGAUGGCCCUGAUCCUAACACUGUGGGUAAUGUUGCUCCUUGGAUUCUCACUGUUGCUGCUUCCAAUAUUGACAGGGAUUUUCAGUCCACUGUGGUUCUUGGCAAUGGCAAGACUUUUCAAGGGACUGCAAUAAAUCUCUCAAAUCUUACUAGCUCAAAGACUUAUCCUCUUGUAUUUGGAAAGGAUGCUGCUGCUAAAUUCACGCCCAUAUCAGAAGCAAGGAAUUGUUAUCCAGGAUCGCUAGAUCGAGCCAAAGUUGCAGGCAAGAUCGUCGUUUGUGCCUCAGAAGACGUCACUACUUCAAGGACAAUAAAGGAACUGGUUGUGCAAGAUGCCAAAGCUAUAGGGUUAAUAUUGAUCAAUGAAGCAUCUAAAACUGUGCCAGUGGAUUCAAACAUUUUCCCAUUAACACAAGUUGGGAAUUCAGAAGGUCUUCAGAUUCUUGAGUACAUUAACUCCACCAAGAACCCAACAGCUACAAUUCUCAGAACAGUGGAAGUUCCGAGAUUCAAACCCGCUCCAUUAGUGGCUUAUUUCUCAUCCAGGGGGCCAUCGUCGCUUACUGAAAACAUUCUCAAGCCCGAUAUCACUGCUCCUGGAGUCUCCAUUUUAGCAGCUAUAGUUCCAAAGAGUGAAGCAGAUAGCGGUCUGAUCGGUAAGAAGUCUUCCGAUUAUGCAAUGAGAUCCGGGACAUCAAUGGCAUGCCCACAUGUAGCAGGCGCUGCUGCAUUUAUCAAAUUGAUCCAUCAUGACUGGAGUUCUUCCAUGAUCAAAUCCGCACUCAUGACAACAGCAACUCUAUAUGAUAAUCAAAGGAAGUUCAUGAGAAACAGCACAAACAACCCAUCAAAUCCACAUGAGAUGGGAGCUGGAGAAAUAAGCCCCAUAAAAGCUCUUAAUCCCGGAUUAGUAUUCGAAUCUACAACCGAAGAUUAUCUCCGUUUCCUCUGCUAUUUCGGGUAUUCAAACAAGAUCAUAAGAUCGAUGUCGAAACAAAACUUCACCUGCCCGAAAACUUCCAAUGAAGAUCUCAUCUCAAGUGUCAAUUAUCCAUCCAUCUCCAUCAGUAAACUAGAUAGAAGGCAAGCUCCCAAAGUAAUAGAAAGGACCGUGACAAAUGUAGGAGCCGCAAACACCACUUACAUUGCCAAGGUUCAUUCUUCUGAGGGUUUAAUAGUGAAAGUGAUCCCAAGUAAGAUUGUUUUCUCUGAGAAUGUAAAGAAAGUGACUUUCAAAGUCUUGUUUUUCGGCAAGGAGGCUCGCAGCGGCUACAACUUCGGGACGAUAACAUGGCGGGAUGAUGUACAUUCUGUCCGCACCGUAUUUGCUGUAAAUGUAGAAUGACAUGAUAGGAUUAUAUAUAUAUAAUUUUCUUCCCUCCCACUAGAAAUAACAAGGAAGAAAUGUGAGUAUAGAGUUGUAUAACAUUUUGUUUUAACGCCCAUUUGUAUGGUUUCUGUUCUUUGGUUUGUAACAUCUACGAUGGAAAGGAAAAAAGUUCUCUCAAUUAUGUUCAAUAAAACAUGGAAUUCAUUUUCAUUGA